AUCAAUGCGAUGAAAGGUCACGCAAGUUCAUCGUGUCCACCUUCGGCCAACGUGACAAGUGAAAGUGUUGUCGUCGUAAAGUGGUGCCUUCUACCUUUGUAGGCUCUCCCGUCUUCAACAACAAGUAUCAAACAACCACAGGUAUCUUCUUCUUCGAGAAAAUGGCGGCAACACUUCUCAGAGGUGUGCAGUUGAGAGGCAAAGUGACAAGUAACGUUGCAGCAAGAUGGUUCUCCCAAGUCUCAGGUCUGAACGAAGUUGUGAUCGUCAGUGCCACCAGGACACCGGUGGGCUCGUUCCGCAGCAGCCUGGCCUCUGUCCCCGCCCCUCAGCUCGGCGCCAUCGCUAUCAAGUCAGCUAUUGAGAAAGCCGGCAUCCCUGCCGAAGAAGUGAAGGAGGUGUACAUGGGAAAUGUGCUGCAGGCGGGUGAGAAGCAGGCACCGGCCAGGCAGGCGGCCCUAGGGGCGGGGUUACCGCUGGCUACUCCAUGUACCACCAUCAACAAGGUGUGUGCAUCCGGGAUGAAGUCCAUCAUGUUGGCAGCACAGAGUCUGAUGUGCGGUCACCAGGACGUGAUGGUUGCGGGUGGGAUGGAGAGCAUGUCCAACGUCCCCUUCAUCAUGGCGAGAGAGGCGCCUGCGUACGGAGGCCUGAAACUCGAGGACCUCAUCGUACACGACGGGCUCACGGAUGUCUACAACAAAUUCCACAUGGGUAACUGUGCAGAGAACACCGCCAAGAACCUGAAGAUCAGCCGUGAGGAUCAGGACGAGUUCGCCAUCAGCUCGUACAAGCGAAGCCAGGCCGCAGCGGCAAACGGAAUCCUGGCGAAGGAAAUCACUCCUGUGGAAGUGCCGCAGAAGAGAGGUCCGGGGGUGACGGUGGCAGAAGAUGAGGAGUACAGAAAAGUCAAGUUCGACAAGGUGCCAUCGCUGAGGCCGGUGUUCGUGAAGGACGGGACGGUGACAGCAGCGAACGCGAGCACACUCAACGACGGUGCAGCAGCUCUCGUCAUCAUGACCUCAGAAGCGGCCAGCAGGCUCGGCGUCACGCCAUUGGCUCGUAUUGUCGGCUUUGCGGAUGCGGCAGUCGCUCCGAUAGACUUCCCCAUCGCACCAUCCCCUGCAGUAGAGAAACUGUUGAAGCAAACAGGAGUCUCUAAGGAUGAUGUCACCAUGUGGGAGAUCAACGAAGCCUUCAGUGCUGUCGUGCUUGCUAAUAUCAAACUCCUCGACCUUGACCCAGCCAAAGUUAACAUUAAUGGUGGAGCGGUGUCUAUUGGACAUCCUAUCGGCAUGUCGGGCGCGAGAAUCACCAGCCAUAUGGUCCACAACCUGCAGCCUGGUCAGAAGGGUGUAGCUGCCAUCUGUAAUGGUGGUGGUGGGGCCUCGUCCAUCCUUAUUGAGAAGUUAUAAAGUACAUGUACUGUAAAUCUAGAAAUGUUUGCAGUGGACUUACUUUCGUGAUGACCUCUCUGCCGCAAAUUGACACUGCGAAUAGCCAUUUCCAUACUACAGAAUUGUUUUAACUGCAUACUUAUCACACAAACUUAAGUUCACCCAAGCAUAAAUGAAUUUGCAGCACAUGGAACCAAUUUAGAAUUUUAUGGACACUGUAGACAGAAGAUCAACUUGGAGACAAUUAUUACAACCUCAUUUCAAAUGUGAGUUCUUUACAAGAAAAUGGAUAUAAUCUAUCCAAGAUUUUGUUGCAUCAAGGGCUGUUGAAUAAAAACAAAUGAGCAUGCAACUUGACUCUUGAGUGGACUAUGGGAUGCAAAAUAUGUACACAAAUGUAUGAUACUAACUUUAUAGUGUAUGUAUUUCACACAUUUAGCCUACAUUUGUGCUCGACUGUGACAAAUACUGGAUACUGAAUAUACAUGUACAACAGUUGCUGUAAAAGACAUUCACAGAGAUUACUGUGGUAGCAUACAGUCAGCAAUUAUAUGAAUAGUUUUAAGACAACUGUCAAUGUGUCUACAAAAAAGUGCUGCAUACACUCACUCACUCACGGCCCAUAACCGUAGGGGCUCCACGACAUCCAUCAGCUGUAAAUUCUGUGUGACUGUAUAUUUUUGUAGUGCCUUAAUUAAGAGAUUAUCAUGUCAUAGGAUACAAACCUAGUAGAUGUUUGAUUGGAUUGAUGGUAUAAGUCUCAGGUACAAGUCUUACAUGUUCAAAAGAUUAUGUAUGGAAAGUAAUCAAAGGAGAAAAAUAUGGAGAAAGGCAAAGGUGAUAUUCUCAAAACUAUCAACAUGUGGAUAAUUUUGGUAGUGCAGUGGCCAUGAUGUGGCCAUGAUUACAAUAAAGCAGCUUUCCACAAAA